UCAACGUUUCCCCUGAUCCGCCAUUUCAGUCCCGGACUUUCUUGUUGCACAUUAGUUUUCAAACAAUUCUUGGAUUUUAACGUUUUCGACCGAAUUGAAUCCGUGUUCGAGCCUCAACGUCAACUCGGUCCGCGCCAACGCCUCGAUGCCUUUUAGCGGAAGUUGCUAACGCGUUAGCAUCAUUUCCCCGGGCGGGCUGCGCUAGUCGAACCCAAAGUUUUGUGUAUGAGUCGCGGGUAGACAGAGGCCUGACGCCUCGGACGGGAUUUCGCAGCCAUGGCCGGGAAUUUUGACGCAGAAGACCGAGGGAGCUGGUACUGGGGGAGGCUGAGCCGCCAGGAAGGGGUGUCCCUCCUCCAGGGGCAGCGGCACGGGGUGUUCCUGGUGCGGGACUCGAUCACCAGCCCCGGGGAUUACGUACUGUCCGUGUCGGAGAACUCCAAAGUGUCCCAUUAUAUCAUCAACAGCAUCAGCAACAACCGACAGUCCGGCACAGGUUUGGCUCCUCCUCGGUUUCGGAUCGGGGAUCAGGAGUUUGAGGCGCUGCCGACCCUGCUGGAGUUUUAUAAGAUCCACUAUCUGGACACCACUACACUCAUAGAGCCCAUCAGCAAGGCCAAGCACACAGGCUUCGUCCCCUCUGUGGGUGUCCCAGUGCAGCCGGACGAGGCCGAGUUUGUCCGGGCACUGUUUGACUUCCCGGGCAAUGAUGAUGAGGACCUCCCCUUCCGCAAGGGUGACAUUCUGCGUGUGCUGGAGAAGCCUGAGGAUCAAUGGUGGAAUGCCGCGAACCAGGAGGGCCGAGCCGGAAUGAUCCCCGUGCCCUACGUGGAGAAGUACCGGCCUGCCUCGCCCACCAAUGCCGGUCUGGGUCCCCCUUCUGCUGGGGCAGGACAGGGGGGGCAAAUUGCAGGGGUAGCAGCUAGCACAGACGGAACAGGGGCCUCGCCGCCCACCCCUUUGGGGGACCCAGGCCAGUACGCCCAGCCUGUAGUCAGCACUCAGCUUCCCAACCUGCAGAAUGGGCCCGUGUUUGCUCGAGCCAUUCAGAAGAGGGUGCCCAACGCCUACGACAAGACGGCGCUCGCUCUCGAGGUGGGAGACAUGGUGAAAGUGACCAAGAUCAACGUGAACGGCCAGUGGGAGGGCGAGUGCAAGGGCAAACGAGGCCACUUCCCCUUCACCCACGUGCGCCUGUUGGAACAGCAGCAGCCCGAUGAGGAGAGCUGAGAAGCACACGCGCUCCCAUCACCUGCGCACACCCCGUGUUCAGAAAGAUUUAUACAAGCACACAGUAUAUGAACUUACGAGUAAAACCAAUGAGGCGCUCCUGACCCUGCCAGCACAAAACGUGUGAUGGCUGAUGUCGUCUGUCACACUAAGAGUUUACACUAAGGUUAGGCUGAUAUCGGUUCGCCUAUGUUAGCUUCUUUUUUUAAUUCAACGUCACAUCAGUUUUGUCUUCCUCCUCGACCGUGUUCACAAGUCUUCAAAAACCUGCAAUGAAACAUUUCCAGCAAGUAGAUGGUGACCUUUAUGGAUAUUUAUUGGUGUCAAAUAUAAAUUGAAAACACACAUGGGAAUUCUUAACCUCUGUCCUGUCCACUACAGAGAGAGGUGUGUUUAGCCGAGUGUAGCUUCAUGGUGGCCAACAACUUCCAGUAACUUCAACGCAUUUUAUUUUUUACUUUUUGUAUAAUUGUUGUUGGGCAGGCGUAGAUGUAAAAAAUUGUUUUAAGGUUCACUCAGACCUAACCUGGUUGGUAAAUGAUGACUUUGAGUUUGGGUGUUUGGUCGAUACAGCACAAGGCUCUACCGUUUUUGUCUUGUUUCUAUGUGUUGGGCAUUAUUUAUUACACACUAGAUCCAGCAGCAGUCUCAACUGGGAUGGCACUGGGUGGAGAACACACCUCCGCCAAGGCCCAACAGUCCCUUUCAUUUCAAUAAGGCUGCAUCAAAUCGGAGAAACUCAGAGAUUCCAGUUCCCUGAUUAUUAUCUAAAUCUAUGCAACCAAACUACAGUUGUAGAAGUGAACAAUUUGACAUUAGAACAAUUUCUGUAUCAAAGACCAGGGUUCUUAGUGAGUUCCCCCUCGAAAGAAGCUUCUAACUCUAUGAAUUUAAUCCGGUAUGAUUGGUGUAGAAGGCGAUGAUAGAUACUCAGUGUAAAAGGUAAGAAAAUUGACAAAUGAAAUAGUUUGAAUUAGAGUCUGACUGUUAAGGGCUGUUGCCAAUACCAAUAUUUUAAAUUUUUAAACUUUCAAUAUCAAGAUGUCACCUGACAAACAUUUAUAUUUUUUAAGAAUUGGCAGUGAUUUGGAUAAUGUCCCCAUCAAAUUAUUAUGACGAAGAAAUGUAAUCGAGGCUAGAAAGAAAAUACAACCAAAGACAUACACAAUUGUUCUUCAAAUAUAAACACAAAUGCACAUCUUUACUGCAUUGUUUACUCAAUCAUGAGCAUAAAGAAAGAUAACAAUACGUCUGAGGAAGAUUCAUAUCGGCUGGUUUGUGUCAGCUGAUGCUUCAGUCCGGCUCUAGUUUGAAUAUUGAUCCGGACAGUUCCAGCUGUAUCUGGCACCAGUGACCGAUAUCAGUCAAACCCUAGUUCACAUCCCCCAGUAUUGAAGUCUGCACUGCACAUACAGUUAGACAGCAGAGUCGACCCCCCCCCACCCCCCCACCCCUUCCUGCGUAUCCCCGGAUGGUUCGUUUCAUUCAUACACAGAAGGGAAAAAGAACUGAUUGCACACCGGAGACACAACGCUCAGCUUCUCUCACAGAAUCAUGAAUCAGUGGGUUUUCUUCUUUUUUUAAGUGCCAGACUUUGAACCUCAGAGCAAAACGAUCAAAGACUUUUCCUGACGUGGCGUGGAGGAGGAGAGUCGGCCUCGCAUGAAGACGUCACCAACUUACUACAUGCUACCCACACUACGAACCAAGUCCUCUUUUUUUGUACUAAAAGUGGAAAAUAUUAUUAUAGAAUUGACUUUAUAUGAAUAUACACACCUUACAUGCUAAAUACUGUAGAAAACCUUUUUUCCUUUGCCUGUUAUUUUAUGUUCUUCUUUCUCAAACUAUCGGGUGCAAACAUGGAUGACUUCAAACGCAGCAGUGUGAAAGAACAAACUGAGCAGGCUGUGGCGGAGGAUGGAAGGAUUCCCUGUGGGCCCUUUUUAGAAGAUGAGAACGAGGGAUUUUAUUUGUCUUCCAGCAAUUUUUUUUUAUGACUCAGCUGCAAAUGUCUUUAAGAACAAAACACACCUGAAACACUAUGCUUUUCGUUUAAAAAUGUUAUAUUUAAAAACAUUAAAACAGACAUGAUGCCACUGUCAUUUCUUCUGCCACUAAAAUGCUGUGAUUGUCACUUUCUGUAGGUUUAUCCCUUUCUCAGCUUUUUCCUCAAUGAAAACACGCGAGAUGAUUUCACAUUAAUAAACAACUCUACGGGUCAUGAUGUCAAAAUUCAAAUAAAGUUUUAAAUAGUCAGUUUCUCAGCUCAAACUGCUUUCAGGCCUCUUUCUUAAACGCAGGGUUUUGCUAUUAAAGGAAACAUAUUCUGCUCGUAUUCAAAUUGAUAAUUUGAAUUGAUUUAACGUCAAAGGUUAACAGGCUCUAAUGACUGAUUUGCUGCUCUUUUCAGCCUCUGUCUGAAACAAUUGGUUUUUAGCUCCAGUCUCUUGAAGACCUCCCUCUGUUGUGAUCGGUCAACUAGUUCCAGCCCAUGUAGGAAAUGUGGCCUCUGCUCUUCCUUUACCUGCCUUCAUUAGGGGGUGUGGCAGAUUGCUCCCUUUACUACACAAAAAAAACCUAGAGGAAAGAAAAACUGAAAAAGCAUCAUAUGUCUCCUUUAUCAUUAUCUUUUGUGUUUGCCAGUUUAAGCUAUUUAUCACUUAAAAGGUGGUUUUGAAAUGGUUGAUAAACAUAAUAAAUUGUGAUGACACUGAAACACAAUAACCAGUGAGAAUAACUGUUUUUGAGAGACAUUUUUCAAAUGAGAGAAAGUUUGGUUUGUGACACUUUCCGAAUCAGAACCUCCCAUGUUAAAAAAAAUGCAUCUCUUCCUCAUGACCCAUGGAUGAGAAAGAUGAGAAGUUUAGUCGCAGCGGACCUGAAACCUCAGUCAGUUUGAUAUAAUACAUGUUGAUAAGGAGAACAUCACACAGUCAUCAGCAUUAGACCUUAUCACUUCCUGGAUUACACAUUCGGUCAAGGGUGCAGGACUUUUAAUUAUAAAACAGAUGUAGAAGAAUGAAUAUAUUUCUGUUUUCAUAACGAUAUAGAACACAGAAGUUUUAGACGUCACAAAAUGUCCUAUUAAGUUUAUAAUGUAUUUAUAAAUUGUGAAAUUUUACACUAAUUUGUUUUGUUAUUGGGGCUCAAAUUUAAGGAAAGUAUUUUUUGUAUGGAACAUUAAUAGCCCACUUUUUUUACCAUUAUUUGUUUAACAUCUCUGAGCCACAUCUGUGGGUCAUAUGCAGCUCUCUCUCUCUCUCUCUCUCUCUCUCUCUCUCUCUCUUAUAUAUACACUUUCCAUGGUUCACAGGCCCAAGUUUGUGUGUUUGUUUGUUGAGCUCUGCAAAAAUAUUGGAAUUGAUCACAUUAAUGAUUAAUAUGCUGAUAGAAGUCAGCUUUGUGGAACUACACGAUUCACGACCUGAGUGCCUCCCUGGUAUAAGUAGUAUUUAGGUGACCGGUUAACACUAAACGACUGUUGGUGACUAAAGUCAAAUGUCUGUAAAGUGCUGCUGCAAAUGGGGUGAUUGGGUUUCAGUAAUAUUUUAAAACAACAAUAAAUUUGUGUUACAAAAAACUGAAAAUGCAAA